AGCCAGGAUGUCAGAGACCGGAAGCACUAGCAUAUGGACUACAUUUCCCAGAAGGCACCGGAAUAGGCGGGGCCAGAACGAGUGCAUAGCUGCUGUUAGAAGACAUUAACAGAAAGCAAAGCCUGGCUGUGGGCAAAGGUGCUUUCCCCAGAAAGGGAAGAAGAAGCAGAAGAAGAACACUUGCAGCAGCCUCUUUGGGGCCCCGGAGGCGGAAGAGGGGUCACCAUGGCAGAGAUGGAGGCUGAGUCCAGCACUAGCCUCUCCGUCCACGAGACCCGCUUCGAGGCAGCCGUGAAGGUGAUCCAAAGCCUUCCGAAAAACGGUUCCUUCCAGCCAACAAAUGAAAUGAUGCUGAAGUUCUAUAGCUUUUAUAAACAAGCAACCCAAGGACCUUGCAAUAGUCAAAGACCUGGAUUUUGGGACCCCAUUGGUAGAUACAAAUGGGAUGCAUGGAGUGCUUUGGGGGACAUGCCGAAAGAAGAUGCUAUGAUUGCCUAUGUUGAAGAAAUGAAAAAGAUUCUUGAGAGUAUGCCAAUGACAGACAAGGUUGAAGAAUUGCUACAUGUAUUAGGUCCCUUCUAUGAAAUUGUAGAGGACAAAAAGAAGAGAAUAUCUGACUUAAUAGGAGUUUCUGGAAAUAUCAUGAUGUCUGUGCCAGCUGUAAAUGGCAAAUCUGAAAGCAGUGACAGUGGAGCAGAAUCAGAAGAAGAACCACACCAAGAAGAAAUAAUAGAAUUACAAGAGAUUGAAAAAGAAGAGCCCGAGAGCCUGGAACAGGACUGUAGCACUGAUAAGGAGCUGGGCAAUGUUGUUGCCAAUGGCUGCUGUGAUGAUGUGCCUGAUAUUAAUUUGCACAAUGGCAUACAAACUAAAUCUGCUCUGAAUGGUAUCAGUGUGGAUGAAGAGAUAAAGAAGGGAGCAAAAUAUCUGGAACUACCUGUCAAAUCUAAUUACGGUUCUCCUCAUCAAGGCACUGACCUGAAGGAAGAUAAUACUGAAGAGAUCUCUGGAAUUCAACACUUGACAAGUGAUUCAGAUAGUGAAAUAUAUUGUGACUCUAUGGAGCAGUUUGGACAAGAAGAGAUGUUGGAAAUCAAUACAUCAACAAAAGAAUUUUCAAAACAUCCAUUCCAUUUCUCAGAAGGAGAUCAAAGUCUGCUAGAAACCUCUGGUUUUCUGGAUCUUGGAAACUACAAGGUAGAGGGUAUAAAUGAAGCUGCAGUUGAAGGAAAAGGGGAAGUCAAGUGUGGCGGUGAAGAUGGCAAGGCAAGUGACGGAGGUCCUCACAAAGAAAAAAAAGGUGGCGAAAAGGUUGACUUCUACGGAAUCAGAAGGGGCCGAGGACAAAGAAUGCAUCCUUUGGGUGAUAGUGCUCAAGGUGGUCAGAUGGGUAGUGGAGGAGAUGGAGAACGAUGGGGUUCAGACAGAGGGCCAAGGGGCAGUCUCAAUGAACAAAUCGCAGUGGUGCUCAUACGGCUACAAGAAGAUAUGCAAAAUGUCCUACAGAGGCUACAUGCACUUGAGACAUUGACAGCCUCACAGGCAAGAACUGCAACCCUCCAUUCAAAUGAUCAGCAAACUUCGCCUGUUAAGAGACCAUCAUGGUGGCCCUUUGAGAUCUCUCCUAAUACUUUGGCCUUUGCUAUUCUAUGGCCCUUUGUUGCCCAGUGGCUGGUGCAUGUAUAUCUUCAAAGGAGAAGAAGAAAACAUAACUGAGGGCUGAAUUUCACAUUUUACUUAAGGACUGCUAAUAUUGGGAGACUCUGGAAAUCUGUAAGAACUUCAGGCUCUGGGACAGCUAACUCUUCCACCUAGUUUUUGUUUUUCCCUUUGAACUACUUGAAUAACCCAUUUCUCCUAGAAUAAACACAGCUAUCCCAUUGAGCAUUCACAUGAACCUUAACUUAUUUCAGAAUGUCCUUUAUGGGUCAUUAUUGCACAGAAUUGAAAGAUCUUAAUGCAGCUCCUCAGAGCAAUUCAGUCAACUUUUCAAAGAAGAAAAAGCUCCUUAAAUUAACACAAAAUGUUUUGGUACAUUGUUACUUCACCAGAACUCAACUUAUUUUGUACUGUCAUUCAAGUCUUUCCAGAUAGCACAUAAUAGACAGUAGUAACUAUAAAUCUAGAGUAAUCCAAGUGACUGGCUUAUACAAUACCAUGUAACAUCCUAGUUUGGGCAAAUUUAAUUUGUAAUUGCUGCUAUAAAGACGAGGUAACAUUUUAGUACAUAAAGUAAAAUCAAAUGUUUGAGGUUGUGAGUUGUGCUUGCAUGAAUACAAUCUCCAUUAUGCAUUUUUUAAAAAAUUGAUAAUCCAGUGCUCCACCAUAUUAAAACAGCUGACCGAGUUUGAAUAUGACAUUAUAUAUAUUGAAUAAUCCAAUACUGGAAUGACUGUGCAGUCGUGAGCCAGACUGAAAUCAUGACUUUAACAAAAAGUAACUUUCUGAAGUCUAUUUGGGUUCUGGAUUGCAUCAAGAGGGAAGGAUACAUUUAGAAAAAACUCUUUCCUUUAUACAACUAAUGGUUUUUGGAUGAGUUGUAUGAUAUAAGGUGCUGAUAACGUCUGCUAAAACUAGCAUCUGUCUCAGUGUAUUUGCAUUGUCUUUUGCAAAUGUACUGAGGUUAGUGCUUCUGCAAAAGGUUACAUCUGAGGAGCCUGCCAUUUAGGCUUUGUAGAUACAUGAGCAGUGCUUCAUUUGUGCUACCGUUGUGGCAUAGGGCACAGAAAAGUAAAUGUCUUGAAACAGGAAAUCAACAAGCAUCUGGUUGUUGUGAAGCUUGUAAAUCUGUGAUUGAGCUGUGCUAAUUUAUAUAGCAAAUAUAGACUCAGUUUAUAAAUCUCUUGUUAAUAUCAAAAUUCUCCUCUUGAUAGAAAACAGAUCUCACUUAGAGAAUUUGGCUGAAGCUCUUUUCCCUGACAUGACUUUAAUGUGGAGAUUUUUCUUUUAAAAAGUCAACCAUCCAAUAUUGGAAACUCCCUUCUGCUGUUGAGGUAACACUGGUUCAGGCAUUAAGAAAAUAGAGAUUGGGCAUGCCUGAGGUUAGGUAGUUACUUACAUGCAACUGUGUGUGUAGACAUGGACACAUACAUCUGAUUAAGUGGAGCAGCAACUGGCAUAGUCUAGUUUUCAAUUCACUUGAUUAUUUUAGCAAGUGUGAUACUCACAAAAAUUCUGUGCACCUAAUUUGUUUGAUAACAAACCCCCCUACCAUGAUUCUUUACAUCUCUGCCUCCCUUUAAAGACAAUUUUUGCAUUGUCACUUUAUUACAUUUAUGAUUAUGUUUGAAUAACAGCGUGUUAUUUCUGAGCAUAUGAUUGGGAAAUCAAAUAAUGACAGUCAACAUUACUUUGCGUGAUGUUAUAAAAAAUCAAACAUAAGUGAUUGCUUCUUAUUUGCUAUGAUCAAAAGAAAAAAUGCAGACCUGAAAAUAGUGCCACACCACAGAAGCUAUGUGACUCUGAUACAGUCUAUUGAGCUUGGAGUACAUAAUUUCAGGAUUGUGACAUAUUUUGUAUUAUAAGAGUUCGCCGGACUGAUAAGAAGCUCAUGAUCUUCAAGUUUGAAAUGCACCUUCAUAUCUAUAAGCUUUAUAACACAUGUAAUUAUGGGAUUAAGUUUCUGCUUUGUUUAAAUAGAAAAUGAUUCAAAAGUUCAGUUUUAAAAAUUAACUCAUCUUAAUAUAUUGUAAAUAGCAUUUAUCAAAUAAAGAAUGACAGGAGCAGA